AUGUCUGAAGAAAAUCAAGUACCAUCCAUAAAUCCCUUAUUUGCCGCGUUUACGGAAGAUGAAAAAAGAGCGGUCGCGCAACUAAAGGAAAAAUUAGAUGUGAUAUUGGCCCUUGCUGUCGCGCCUGAAAAUUAUUCUCUAUGGGGAAUUCCAUUGAAUAAACAAUCAUCUGAUGAACGACUGGAAGUGAUUUUGAUAAAGUUUUUAAGGGCGAGAAAUCUGAAUCUCAUUGAUGCUCAAGAUAUGCUUGUUAAAACGAUAAAAUGGCGUCUCGAAUUCGGGGCUGAUGGUAUACUUGAGGAGAAAUUCGAUGAGACGAUAUUCUCCGGGAGAAUCGGGUUUAUUCACGGUCAUGACACUAAAAAUCGCCCAGUCACUUAUAAUCUCUAUGGUGGUCUCGAUAAUCAAAAAGUAUUUGGUGAUGUGGACAGAUUCUUACGGUGGCGUAUUCAAUUAAUGGAACGUGGAAUCAAAAAAUUGGAUUUUGUAAACGUGGAUCAAAUGAUACAAGUUCAUGAUUAUGAAGGUGUCGGAUUUGGAUCACACGAUAGAACAACCAAGAAUGCAAGUAAACAAGUCACGCAAGUUAUGCAAGAUAAUUAUCCGGAAUUUUUGGCUGUUAAAUUUUUCGUAAAUGUCCCUUGGUGGGGCGACCUUAUAUUUAAGUUUAUUUCAGUUUUUCUUACUGAACAAACGAAAAAGAAAUUUAUUGUCACUACGGCGAGUAACGCCAAAGAAAAAAUGACGAAAUAUAUUGCCGAAGAAGAAUUGCCCACAAAAUAUGGUGGAAUAAGUGUUGCACCUGAAUUGGAAACCGCAGACUUAAUCAAAGCAGAAGUAGAAGCAAAUGAAGUUGUAGAAGAAUCCUAG